CCCAGGAGCAUGAAAAAACCAUGACUCUCCUCUACAGAUCCAAAACCUUUCUUUUCUUCUUGAUCACAAUCUCCGGGCUUACUAGCUUCAUCAUUUGCCAGUCACCAACAUACAGUUAUCACUAUUGUUUAGGUCCAGAUAAUGAUACUGCCACUGCUGGUUAUAAAUCUAACCUUACAGAUGUCCUGGAUUCUAUAUCCUCUAAAGCUUCCGACCACAGCUUUUAUAAUGAUAGCUUGAAUGGAAUUUACAGUCUCUUCCUUUGCAGAGGUGAUGUUUCUAGCGAUGUAUGCCAGGAUUGUGUAAGCAAUGCUACUCAAACACUCACACAAAGAUGCCCUUCUGAUAAAAGUGCAAUCAUAUGGUAUGAUCAAUGCAUGUUACGCUAUUCAAAUAUCAACAUUUUUGGCCUGGUACGGCUUCUUCCGGGGGUGUCAAUGUGGAAUACUCUGAAUAAAACUUCACCUGAUGAAGGAAAUAUUGGAGCCCAAGGUUUGAUUUUUUCUCUAGUUGAUCACGCUCCAUAUACAGAAAAUAUGUUUGAAACAAAGGAAACGGUAGUGGGAAAUGGACCAGACCGUAGGUAUGGUCUCGUGCAGUGCAGCAGAGAUCUCAAUGUCAGUGCAUGUUCUUCUUGUUUGAGAGACUUGUUAGACCAGACAGAGAAUUGCUGCAUAGAGAAAAGAGGAUGGCGAAUUUAACUCCA